AUGUACGCUCUAAAACAAAUCAUCGCUUUAACUGCUUUAUUACCAGUCAUCUUAGCUGCUGUUAAAGAAUUACCAUCAAAAGCAUAUAUUGCCCAAGGUGGGAAAGUUCAAUUUGAUUUAAAUGUUAAAAAAGAUGAUUUACCAGGUGGUCCAGGUACCUUUUUAGUCUCUGCUGUUGCAUCAUCAAGAAAUCCAAAUCAAAUCACUUUAGAUGAUAAAUCUGGUUCAAUUAGUGAUUCAUUAUCUUCAAAUUUUGUUAAAAUUGAUGAUACUUCAGUUAUUGCUUCUUAUCAUUAUAAUGGUGAAGGUGAUGUUAGUGUUAGCUAUCAAGGUGAAUCUUCAAGUGGUCAAACUUCAGGUGCUGGUAUUAAAUUUAUUGGUUCAUUUGUUGAAGAUUCAGUUUCUGGUAGACCGGUUAAUGAUAUUUAUAACUUUGAUGCUAAUUCAUCAGCUUAA